AGUAAUGUAUGUGUGUGUUCUCGUGCAUUGUUGUGUCUGCGUGUGUAUAUGUAUUGGUGUCUUUCUGUGGUUGUGUGUUGGGCCUGAGAGGGGCUUAGCAUCGCCCCGAGGCGGCUCAUAAUCUACCCAGUCCCACGUCUCCCCAGGGCCUGUGGUUUCAUGCAGGUUGCCAUUGCUGUAGUGAAACCCCUCUUUAGGGGAUUACGGCGCUGUCUCCCGCUCAAGGCAGCGGGUUGAUCCAUCGUCUGCUGACUGUAUUUAAGCACUCACUUAAUGUGCUAAUAGUGUUAGACUGAGGGGACACUGCAGAGCUUUUAACUUUCAUCUCUGAACGCUCUUUGUCUGUUAAAUGUUGAUUUCAUGGCUGCUGGGCUAAAAUCCACUGGUGAUCGUUUACAACCAAAGACUAUUAAAUGAGGUUCUGGACAUAGAUAUGAUGAACGCUAAUGUGAUUGUUUCACAAUUAUGCCGGAUGUACAGCAUUCACACGAUGAGUACAGCCAAGUGCAGACACUGGGCUUUGUGUGUGCCUGUUUUAAUUCAUCCACCGGGCUGAUUCUCCUCCGCUGCCUGUUCCUCUUCAUGUUUUGGGGGUCACGGAGCACGAUGAUGGCGGCGUGGAGUGGGAGUACGUUUCCUCUUGAGUCCCCGGGUUUUCCAAAUGCACGCACAAAUGGACUUCAGAACAUCAGGAAGCUCUGGUACUCCGUGACGGCGUCCUCCACGUGGCGAAUGAGGAAGAUAAUAUGAGGAAGCAGUGCAGCUCACGGCCACUUCAGGCCAAUGGGUCCAAGUGACGUCCAAGUGGAGAGCGCAGACUGCCGCAGGACGCAGGGCCGGGAAGAUUUUUCCUCCUCACGCCGGAAUAGCAGGGAAACCAUAGCGACAGUUCACAUCUGAGGGGGAGAGGGACAUCAUUGACGGAGAAUACAAUGUGGAGUACCUGACGCAGAAGCUGACAAGCGUGUAGGUUCGUUCGGACUCCUGCACGCAGCUGUUUCUCCUGUCGGGACCGGCCCACUCCCUCGCUGCUCGUCCCCCUGUCUUCCUUUAAAGAUAAGAUGCCUGGCUCUGCGCCCCUCUGCUGAAGAGGCGUCGGCGGGCAUCAGCAUGGGCGCUGUGCUGGCCGGCAUCCCCACCACCCCCUCCACCACCGAUCUGCCACCACCACCACGCUGCCCCGCCGCGUUGGGCACUCCCUCCAGCCCCUCUGAUGGGCGAAGACACUGACGCCACACCGACGCUCAACCACCGCGGCUUCCUCCCCGACCACAACUAUGUGACUGAAGCAUUGCCCAGUGCUCAAGUGCUACGUCUGCUAAACAAUUAUCCAACACUGCUCUCAAAGCCGCUCAAGCACAGUGGCUGCUCCUGGCUUUAGCCUGAAGAGCUCCGCCCAUCCUGUCCACCCCUCUCCACCCUGGAGUCCUCUCCCAGGAUGUUGAGCCCCAUCCAGGUCCUGUGCUCCGACAUCACUACCCUUUCUCUGGAGCCUGAGCCGUUUGCCUCUUACACUGAAGCUGAUAUCAUCUCAACUGUUGAGUUCAACCACACAGGAGAGCUCCUGGCCACAGGGGACAAAGGGGGCCGAGUGGUCAUCUUUCAAAGAGAACCUGAGAGCAAGACUGAGCCCUUCUCCCAGGGAGAAUACAAUGUCUACAGCACCUUCCAGAGCCACGAGCCGGAGUUUGACUACCUUAAGAGUCUGGAGAUUGAGGAGAAGAUCAAUAAGAUCCGAUGGUUGCCUCAGCAGAACGCCGCACACUUCCUCCUCUCCACCAACGAUAAAACUAUUAAGUUGUGGAAGGUGAGUGAAAGAGACAAACGGCCAGAGGGAUACAACCUAAAGGAUGAGGAGGGUCGCAUCAAGGACAUGAGCACCGUCACCUCUCUGCAGGUGCCGGUGUUGAAGCCAAUGGACCUCAUGGUGGAGGUGAGCCCCCGGCGAGUAUUUGCCAACGCUCACACCUACCACGUCAACUCCAUCUCUGUCAACUCUGACUAUGAGACCUACAUGUCCGCUGAUGACCUGAGGAUAAACCUCUGGCAUCUGGACAUCACAGACCGCAGCUUCAACAUUGUGGACAUCAAACCAGCCAACAUGGAGGAUCUGACAGAGGUGAUCACAGCGGCUGAGUUUCACCCCCACCACUGUAACCUGUUUGUCUAUAGCAGCAGCAAAGGCACGCUGCGCCUCUGUGACAUGAGAGAGGCGGCGCUGUGUGACAAACACUCCAAAUUGUUUGAGGAGCCUGAGGACCCCAGUGCACGCUCCUUCUUCUCCGAGAUCAUCUCCUCUGUGUCGGAUGUCAAGUUCAGCCACAGUGGUCGCUACCUGCUCACCAGAGACUACUUGACUGCCAAAGUCUGGGACCUUAACAUGGAGAGCAAACCCCUGGAAACAUACCAGGUUCACGAUUACCUCCGCAGCAAGUUGUGCUCUCUCUAUGAAAACGACUGCAUCUUUGACAAGUUCGAGUGUGCCUGGAACGGCUCGGACAGUGUGAUCAUGACUGGAGCCUACAACAACUUCUUCCGCAUGUUUGACCGGAACACGAAACGCGACGUGACCUUGGAGGCGUCACGAGAGAGCAGCAAGCCUCGCGCUGUCCUGAAGCCACGGAGGGUCUGUGCCGCCGGAGGGAAGCGACGGAAAGAUGACAUCAGCGUGGACAGCCUGGACUUCACCAAGAAGAUACUCCACACGGCCUGGCACCCCAACGAGAACAUCAUCGCCAUCGCUGCCACCAACAACCUGUACAUCUUCCAGGACAAACUCAACUCUGAGAUGCAUUAAUGACGAGAAAUCAGAGGUGGAGACAAACGUGUUUACACCUAAACUACAACUAUGCCAGAAUGUACACAUUACCAGACUACAGGCAUAACACGCAUCCACACAUCUAGGUCUGCUUCAACACUCUGACACUCUGCACCUGGCCUCCUGAAACUGAAAGGACCUCCACAGGGCUGGAGCGUGAAACGGGCUGGAAAACUCCAUGUAUUAUGGAUUGCGAAAUUGUGUGAACUGUGGAUUUCUUGAUUGUUAACCUCUGGAUUGUGCUUGAUGGUGUGUUGCUACAACUCUGAACCUCUGAAGGGGGGUGAAGUCCCUUCAGACUGCAGAGACGUUUACAUGUGUGUCUAUUUUUAUUUCUUCCUUUGCUUUCUCCACCUCCUCCUCUCCUCUCCUCUGUAUUUGUGUGUUCAAGCAAAGCCUAUUCUUGUCCCCUGCCCACUGUUUUGUGUAACAAAAACCCUUCACGGAUGUCUACCAGCGGCACGGAUGAAAAAUGGGGCAUUUACGUAACUGGCUGUUGGUCUGAUCAGCUAUUCCACAUUUGUUUUUGUAACUUCUUGUUAAAUGAUGUUAAGUUGGUAAUAUGAUAAUGUAAUACGAUGACAGAACUCAAGGUCAGUGUGAUGUGCGAGAAUGAACUCGGGACCCUUUCUUAACACAAGUGCACACAGACGCCUAGAGGUUCAACUGAAUUGUGUUGAGCAAGGUAAAAUUCAGACCUGCAGAUAGAAGCAGAAGCUAAUAAACUAUUAUAUGGCCUAAACUAAGAACACACUCCUAUGUGCUUCACACAGUGUGUUAUAGUCAUGGAUGUAUUUUCUGCUAAAUCUCCUCUGAUUGUUCUUUCUGCUUCUGGUCUGGGGCUGCGUCAUGAGCUACUCGUCGUUAAAUACAACUCAGAAAACUUUUAAAUUAAUCUAAAUCAUUUUAACAAUCAACAGAAAUAUGCUGCAUGCCCAACUGAUUUAGCCUAGAUGUUUAUAAAUUGACUGACUGACUGACUUGGCUGCCUUCUUAACCACUUACACCCAGCUGUACAAAGGCUUCAGGGGCCUAGGGGCCCCAUGCAGCACGAGUAACCAUAGAUGACCGAGCUCUUCUACCUUUAUUUGUGUCUUCGGACGCUGAAGCAUGUUUACCAGUGUUCGGCUCAUGCACUCAUAUGUACAUUUUGAAUGAAGCCGUUCAGGAAUCAGUUUCGCUUCGACUGAAACUGACAAACCAAGAAUGGGGAAUGUUCCUGAUUAAUGUUGUACUCUAAAAGAAAAAGAAAAAAACAAAGGGCCACAACGGUGUCUGUAUAUAUCAACUUUGUUUUGACCUUUGAUGUAUGAGGUUUUGUUUUUUACCAUCCACACACACUGCAGACUUGAUCAUCUGUGUUGAUGAUCGCCUCCAAAGCUACAGCCGAGAGAUGGCGCCUCCAUCUCUUCAGCCUUCCUCACCUCGUGCAGAAGCCUUUAUUUUUAGAGGACAAUUAAUCAUUUUAUUUGGGAACACCUUUCAGUUUUACUUCACAUCCUGACCAAACUAAUGUUUUUCACAUAUUUUUUCGUUAAUGUAUGUUGACAGAAUUGUCAAAUGGAAAGUUAUAAAUAAUGUUAAUAUGUUUUUUUUCUGAAUAAAGAUUUCAACGAAAUUGCA